GUUGCGUCACUGAGCAAGUCGUCUCCUACAAUUUCUUCCCUACUCUAGUGCAACCACCUGGUUGUAGUUAGGAUUUACAGGAUUGGCUCCCGAAAGAACUGUGAACAGGAGAUUCGCCACUUGAUUAUAAGGCGAAUCAUGGCGUCCACGCAGCUCUGCAUCCAACAGAAGUCCUUCCUGCUCGCUGGUUCCUUCAAUAGAGCAUGUUUGGAGACUCCUACGAAUCUGCUUCUUCUGAGUCAGCGCUACGCAAACCGAUCAGCGAAGCAUGGGGUCACUCGAGCUGCAUUGGCUGCUGCCUCACCCUCAAUAGAAGGGUCUGUGAAAAGCAGUCUCGAAGGCCUUUUGCAGGAGGCACGAAUGCAGAAAGGGCGGGCCUCAAUGAGGACAUGGUGGUAUAUACAGCAUGUGCAAAAAGCAGAGAAAGCAGCUGAGAUCGCCGAUUCAAGCGAUGCCCCGGAAGCAGGAGAGUUUGCACGUCGGAUUGAGAUGGAAGAGGGAAGGGCAGUGAUGAGAGUCUGGUGGCUCGACCACCGACUCCGAGCGCUCGACCCCUCUCGUCCGCCCCUGCCAAAAGUAAAACGCACUCGCAGAGCACUUCCCGUACGGCGCAGUCCCAGUUCAACCCCCAAGCAAGCCACUACGGUUGCCGAAGCGAAAACGGUCCCGUCCGGACGGCAGGAAGAGCUGGCGACGGCGUCCGAAGAGCAUCCGGCGCCGUCCGAAGCGAAGACGAUCACCACGGACACCACAGGGGCGCAGGAGCCGGUUACUCCGUUGGACGAUUCGGUCAGCGUCGAUGCGCAGGCGGACAGGCAGCGGAAAAUGGACGUGGGGCGGGCGAAUAUGAGGAAUUGGUGGACCCAGGAGCAGGAAGCCUCCAAACGUGCGGUCGAGGGGACGGUGCCCGAAAAGCCGUCCGAAUCGAAGACGAUCACCACGGACACCACAGGGGCGCAGGAGCCGGCUGCUCCGGUGGACGCUCUGGUCAGCACCGAGGUGCCAAAGGAACAAGAUGCGGUGCAGGUCGAACGGCAGAAGGAAAUGGACGCGGGGCGGGCAAAGAUGAGGGAAUGGUGGAUCCAAGAGCAGGCGGCCUCCAAGCGCAAGCUCGAACUCCAGGGGGCGGAGUCCGAAGAGCGUCCAGCGCCGUCGGAAGUGAAGGAAACCACCACGGACACCACAACGGCGCCGGAGCUGGCCGCUCCGGUGGACGAUCUGGUGCAAAAGGAACAAGAGGCGGCGCAGGCCGAACGGCAGGAAAAAAUGGAUGCGGGGCGGGCAAAGAUGAGGGAAUGGUGGACCCAGCAGCUGGAGGCUACCAAGCGCGCGCUCGAAACGAAGACGAUUCCUACGGAUGCCACAGGGGCGCAGGAGUUGGGUACUCCCGCGGACGUCCCGGUCAGCAUCGAGGCGCAGAAGGAGCAAGAGGCGGCGCAGAAAAUGUCGCCCGAGGCGCAGGCCGAACAGCAGAGGAGGAUGGACGCGGGGCGGGCAACCAUGAGGACGUGGUGGACCGAGGAGCAAGAGGCCGCCAAGCGCAAGCUCGAACUCCAGGCGGCGGAGUCCGAAAAGCGUCCAGCGCCGUCCGAAGAGAAGUCAAUCACCACGGACACCACAAAGGCGCAGGAGCCGGCUGCUCCGGUGGACGAUCCGGUCAGCGCCGAGGUGCAAAAGGAACAAGAGGCGGCGCAGGCCGAACGGCAGAAGAAAAUGGACGCAGGGCGGGCAAAGAUGAGGGAAUGGUGGAUCAAGGAGCAGGAGGUCACCAAACCGGCGCCCGAGCCCCAGGGGACGGAGUCUGACAAGAGUCCGGCGCCCUCCGAAUCGAAAACGGUCAUUGAGAACACCACAAAGGCGCAGGAGCCCCAGGGGACGGAGUCUGACAAGCGUCCGGCGCCGUCCGAAUCGAAGACGGUCACCGCGGACACCACAAAAACGCAGGAGCCCCAGGGGACGGAGUCUGACAAGGGUCCGGCGCCGUCCGAAUCGAAGACGGUCACCGCGGACACCACAAGGGCGCAAGAGCUGAAGGGGGCGGAGUCUGACAAGGGUCUGGCGCCGUCCAAAUCGAAACCGGUCACCGCGGACACCGCAGGGGCGCAAAAGCUGCCCUCGCCGCUAGACACUUCUGACAAGCGUCCAGCGCCGUCCGAAUCGAAGACGGUCACCGCGGACACCACAGGGGCGCAGAAGCUGCCUACGCCGCUGGACAUUCUGGUCAAGAUCGAGAUGCGAAAAGAACGAGAGGCGGCGGAGAGAAGGCGGGCCGAACGGCAGAGGACGAUGGACGCGGGGCGGGCCGAGAUGAGGAAGUGGUGGAUCAAGGAGCGGGAGGCCACCAAACGCGCGCUGGGGCUGGCGCCGUACGGACCCGUGUGGACGCUCGUCCGGAACGAUGGAAAGGAGCCCCCGAUCAGCAUCGGCAAGACGCCGCUCAUCAUUGGUGCUGAGGUCGGCAAUGCGGAGAACAUGGUUCCGGUCAAACUGGAUUAUCCAACGGUGUCGGGGGUGCACGCCAAGAUCUUUGCCAAGGAGGUCAUGUCUUACGGCGAGUAUGUGCGCGCGUAUUUCGUGGUAGAUCUCAAGAGCACCAACGGUGUGCGUCGCAACAACAACUUUCGGCUGCGACCCGGGACCCAAUACAAGUUGAGCGACGGAGAUACGCUUUUCUUUGGGGAAGAGGCGGCAACUAUCGUCAUCAAGAACCCGCAAAAGAGCCCUUAGCCGUGAGGAGCUUUGGCAGCCAUUCGCUACACCAUCGGACGAUUAUGUGCAGGCCUGAUCUAGACACGCGUUGACCAUUGAAACGAAGGUUUCAUCUUGGUAAAAUACCGCCCUUAGGAAAAACGCGGCUCAUGUGUUGAGGUAGACGCUGCUCAUCCGUCAAAGGUUGUUUUUGAAAGCGCUUUUGACUAGGCUAGUGUUGCUUAUGUUGGAUGGCAUAUUGGACCACAUUUCUAUACACCUGGACACAUUGUACCAGGUCUAGCUACGAGAGUGAGUGCCA